CUCUUGAAAAGCUAAACCAGUUGCUGCAUGCAAAGCAUAUGGCACCUUUGCUUGUCCCCACCUCCUCUGUUCACCAGCUACAAAUGAAGAAUUCCCUUCCAGGUUUCUGACUUCAAUAAGCAGCCUAUGUAUCUAUUCUCCUUUGAAGAAUCUGGGAAUAGAACCAAUCAGUGACUGCAGAAUCAGAAAUAUGGAGAGUUUGAUUAAGCAAAAGAGGUAACUCAAUUAGUACAUGUUUGCCAGUCUUUCUCUCUAAAAUUUUGAUUAAGUUUGGUGAUCUCUGUAGCUUAUCUAAUAAUGUUGUAACUGGAAUGCUGAAUUCAAUGCUGAAUUGUAACCAAAAGGGGUCUGGUUUGAUGGGCUUUGCUUGAAAUAAUUAGAGGAAUGCAAUAUGUAUAUAUGGGAACCUUAUUGGUUUCAUUUUACCCUGCUUUGUCUUCCUGUUAACUGACUUCUUAGUUAGAGUGAGUUUUUCGGGUUCAGGCCAACAUAGCAAGGAAGCAUCACACAGCAUUAGAGAAAGACCAAGAGGAGGUACUCAUGUAUUUUGCUGUUGGUGAUGAAAUAAGGUGCAGAACUGGUUCUGGAGGCAGUUUUCUCCACAAAUGAGUAAGGAUUAUGACUCCGACGAUGAAGAGUUUGCAACUGCAGUUGCUGCUGCUGCAUUUGCCAUCUACACCCUGGAAGAACCUAACUUGCAAUAUCAGAAAAGAACAAGGGAUGGCCUUGAAACCUCUAUGUCCAGGCUCAAAAGCAGAAAAGAAGACACCACUGGACUCUUUGGCAAGGAAACACAAACCCCAGGUGAAGCAUCCAUCAGAAGACAAAUGACAAACAAUGGGAAUUCACUGGAGAGCGCUUUUCCAUCUAGCAGACCAAGUAAGGCAUCUCCAGUAAGAUCUGUAUCUGCUGCACCCAGAGACCAAAGGCAACAGGGGUAUUCAACAAGCAACAGGAGUGUAGAAACCAAAGCAGAUGCUUGGGAGAAAGCCCAGAUAACAAAGAUUAAAAAGCGAAAUGAUAAUAUAAGUUCAAGCAUUCUUGCUUGGGAGAAUGAGAAGAAAAUGAGAGCCAAACUUAUCAUGGAAAGGAAAAAGAGUGAGCUGGAGCAGAGAAAAGCUCUGAAUCUUCAACAUUACCAAAUCAAGAUAGAGAGGAUUGAUCAAAUUGCUGGAGGAGCAAGGGCACAGCUACAGGAGAAGAGAAGAAAUGAGGAGUCUGAGGUGAAACACAAGGCAGAGAUGAUCAGAAAGACAGGGAAGGUUCCUGUUAGGUGUUUCUGCUUCUGAGUGUCACUAACAAUAAAGCUCACUAGAACUUGUAAAUGAACAAUGCUAUUGUCCUCCUUUCUGCAACCAAAACCAUUAUCAUAACAAGGAAAAACUGUAUUACAUUCUACAUUUCCAGGAAACUAACACAUCUAUGUAUCUGUCCCUUUCAUUCAAAUAUGUCAAAAAAAUAAUUAUAAAAA